AUGAAAUCGAAUAAAAAAAGGCCAGCAUCAAGAUCUUCCUCGCCACCGUCAGCUGCCUUUCCAUUGAUCACUCAAACGGGCCUUUUUCAAUGUUAUGAAUUUCUUGCCCCGAAUGAAUAUUCUGAUAAAACAUUCGGCUUGCUUGCAUUUCUCAUUCGCAAUUCGGUGGGUGAAAUCAAUUUUUCAUCAAUCAUGGAUGAAAUUGAACGACGCACUCAAUCAGGGAUACCUUUGGAUUAUGCAAAAGCUUUAGAAGAGAAACGACUGAGUCUUCCAAUGAUCGAAGCAUCUGUUGAGAAAUGUUUGAUGCUAAAUCGUCUGAUUGCAUAUAUAAAUCAGAACACUGCAACGUUUCUUCCACUUAUUUCUGAUAUUCGUCUCGAUAUGAAACUCAAAAUAAUAGAUCAGUCGCCAAAUCAAACAGUCACAUAUCCCAAUGAUUUUCGACAACGAGAACUAGACUUUAAUCGUCGGAGAACGGCUCAAGAUAUGCGACGUUUAUUCUAUAUUAGCCAUCAAGAAGCUAAAGAACCACCCAGUUUAAUUCAUUUGCAAAACAGAGUAACGGAACACCUUACCUAUAUCACCGAUUACAAAAUGCGAAAUGAUCUGAAGUUUCGCGAAACUGGUAUCAGCGAACUGCCCAACAUACUGAGCAAUUCGUUUAUAAUUGUUUCACAGCCUCGUUUCGGUGCGAAUCCUGUUGUUAUCUAUGAUCGCAAACCAGGCUCUGCUGAAUAUACAGUGAGAGUAUCAGUCACAAUAGUCUCGCUAUUACAUGAUUUUAUCCAGUCGCAUCCUAAUUUCAUCGAUUUAUAUGAUAUAGAGUUGAGUUUAUGGCCAUUGUCAACUCAUUAUAAGCUUGACGAAUCUCAAACAUUGCCAUGGAAAACAUGCCAAAUACAAAUCUCCCCCGAUGAUAAACCACGAAUGAUUCAAUACGCUGAAUUAACUUCUGUGACAAUUCUACCGUCUAAUAAAAAUAAUCCUCGUAUGCACUUCAGUGAAACCCUACAUUCACUGAAAUUCGCUAUUAAAGUUCAUGUACAUUUAAACGAAUACAAGUACUCUCAAAUCUAUCAAAUUCCAUUAGAAUCAUCGUCAUUUGUUAUUACUUCUCAUCAUAAUCAUAUACCACACAUGUUAUCAAGAGUUAUCCUUGAUGAUAUUCGACGCUUUUCCAAGACAACAACGAUCGAUGUCAAUACGAUAAAGAACUUUUUGUUGCGAUAUUUCAAACAGCGGACAGGUGUGGUACCAGCCGAAUGCCUGAAAAACUACCUUGAAUACGAACUGAAACGAGCACAGAAUGAAAGAAGAAGCUUUCACACGUUAGAAGAUGUUUUUCUCGAUUUUGUCGUUCCAUUCGUUCACCAAGUUGAAUUCAUGGCCAAACAUCCAAUUCUUUCCAUGUUCUACGCCGAUGGUCUCUUUCUUGGUAUUUGCAAUAGCGAUCGAGCUGCCGAGUGUAUGAUCAACUCGUCCGAUCUUCACGCACCGAUCGUUGAUUUACGUAUGAACUCGAUUAAAAUUGAGUAUAAAUCAAUUGCUUCGUCUCCCGCUGCAAAUAGAUCCGUCAAGCCGUAUUUAUGUGCUGUUCGCGUGGAUAUUUAUAAUAAACGUACGAACAAAUUUCAAUAUCGAACAUUUGAUACGAAUAAUUUGUCAAAUGAUAUUGUGAAAUUUGUCACCACAGCUCAUGCAGAAAGAGCCAGUCACAUUCGAGUUCUGGCCAACAUUGAUAAUAGUAACAGUAUGAAAAACUAUCGAUUAUUCACGGAUUUCGAUGAAUAUUACCACGAACGAUUGCAUGAAAUCUAUAGAACAAAUGAAAAAUACAAACCGAUCACGAAUUUCAUUCUAAAUGUGGAGAAUGGAGAUGAUCCUGGUGAUGGUUCUGCUGUUGGUGCUAGUAAUGAUCAUCUUGUUUCUAGUACACCACACACCGACCUAGCAGAAAUGUUUGCUGAUAAUCCAUAUUCAAUUCCGCCCUCAGCUACUCCUCCUUCCAUUUAUGAUCAUAUGGCUUAUGCAUCUCCUACUCGAGAUUAUUCUACAGCAUCCAUUGCUCAAUCCAACUCCUUGAUGGAAAAUAUCAGUUCGCCAUCGAAUUCGCAACACAGUCAACCCUUAAGUCAUGAGUAUCUCUUACAGUACACACUCUCUCAACCUGAGCUUCUGACAGAAAUCUUACGUCAUGUGAAUAUCCAGACUCAAUCCCAGCAACAGUUACAAUCUACGUCUUUUCCAAAUCAACCGGGACACGAGAGAACCUAUGGCCAAUACCAACAAUCACCUAUUAUUCCUAAUCUACAAAAUCGUGUACAAUCAAACGCAACCUGCGCUCAAUUACAUCCAGCACCGGAGACCAUUUCAAAUCAAUCAAUGACACAUCAAACACCAUCGAUGUCAAUUGAUGAAGAUCUAAUAAACUUUGAUGAAUUUUUGGCUUCUCCAAAUUAA